UUCAAAAGUUAAACUCUCCACAAAACUAACGUCAGCUAGCUAGGUAUUUCCAGUGUUUUAAAUACACUUUUAAGUCAGUCAACAACGUUUAAAUGUUUUUAGAGCGCGUUUUAAUUUUGAAAAAGUUGUUUAUCUUGUUUUGCUGAGUUUCAGUUAACUUUAGAAGUUACUCACAGAGUUGGUCAGUUAAUAUUAGCGUUAAGUUAGGCUUUCAAACUGAAGGGCUAACGUUAGCAUGCGCCCCAAAAGAUGUUUAAAACAAGCUCACAACAACAAUGACGGUAACAUAAGACAGGGAGAAAUAUCACUAAGGAGUUGGUUGUAAUAUUAGCACUUUUAGUUAUGAUGUGAUGGACGGAGGGAAAAGACUGUCUCCUCAUGGAGGUGCUUCAGCCUGUUUCCCCUGGUCAAACGAUACUUCAGCUGAGCUCUGGCACAGCACUCCAGUUAAAAAGAAAAAUGGUGGUGCUUUACUGGACGCCAGCCAACCCUCUGUCCUAACCAGCUUCAAGAUGGACAGCACAGCAAAACAAUGGGCCAAAAAUUCCCCUCCCAUCCCAGCAGACUUGCUCUGUCCCCCCAGCUCGCAGGAUGCUGAGUUUCCUGUGAAUGACCCGAGCGGCUUCACGAUCCAGAGGCAGAGGAGGGAGCUCCAGCUGCUGAUGGCCGAGCUGAAGGACAGGGACAGGGAGCUGAACACCAUGGCUGCUUCCCAUCAUAAGCAGCUUCACGCCUGGGAACAAGACCGCCAGAAGGUGCUCAGCUUGGAGCAGAGGUGUGCCCGUUUGGACGAUGAGUUGCAGAAGCGCAACGAGGUGAUCAGAGUCCUGACUAAACGUGUGUGGGUGGUGGAAACCAGGGAGGCGGAGGUCCAGAAGGAGCUCAGCGUGGCCCAGCAGCAGCUCUGUGAGCUGGAACAGAAACAUCAGAACAUGAGCCAAACAUGUCAAGACUUUCAGGAGAAGAACCAGAGUCUCAACUCCACGGUCAUGGCUCUGUCCACUCAAGUCGGCUCUCUGCAGGUCAGGGAGGAAGAACUGAGCUCCAUGCUCAAACUCAAGGACAAAGAUGUGACCGAGGCCUCUGGUCAUGUGGUCGACCUCACAGGGCGCCUUCGGGAUCUGGAGACAUCACUGGCAGAGAGUCGCUCACGGGAGAGCAAACUCCUGAGAGACUCAGAGGAAAAUAAACGCCGCUACAGAGAAGCCAGGCACGAGAUCACACAUCUUAAAGAGGAGCUGCAGCAGCAGGUGACACAGAGCAGCACUCAGAGAGAAGAGAUCAUCCGACUCAAACAGGAGCUCCAGCUGCUGCGCAGAGAUCUGGCCCUGUCAGGGGAGGGAGACAGCUGGAGAGAUGAGCUGCUGGAUCUGGCUCGCUCCAAACAGGAACGCACCAUGUCAGAGCUCCGCUGCCUGCGACAGGUGUGUGAGAAUCAGCGGAACGACCUGCAGCUUCUGCAGCUGAACCUGGAAAGUGCACGGGAAUCUCUGCGGGAAAAGACGGGUCAGGCAUUACCUGGCAGUCAGGAGGAGUUACAAUGUGUCUGUGCAGACAGCCGGUCACCUUCAUCACUCAGAGUGAAGAGCUCAAGACCUCUACACGACUCUGCGUCUCCACCUGCAGCCAAUCUGAAAGCUACAGUCAACGGUGACCUGAGAGGCUUCACGAUGACACACACCAUAGACGGUGAUGAUCCUCUGUCCAGCUGUUCUCUGCAGCAGCUCUUAGAUGAGUCCAGGCAGGUCAUCAGUUCAGAGCACAGCAGCUCCAGACCUACUGAUCCUCUGUACUCUCACAAGUGCCAGACACCCCACCAUCAUUACCACCACCCAUCCACCCCUCCAUACAAGGCCGGUGAGACUCCACCCAGAGCCUGCCCUCGACACCAGACAGCCCUGUGGACAGAUUGAUGCUCACUGAAGCACAGAUUUAUUUAUUUAGUUUUCAAAAUCAGUGUUACUACAAAACCUGUGUGCAC